GCGCGUUGUCACUUGAUUUUCCCACCGAGGGUUGGCUUUAAAAAUCCCUCCUUUCGCCUUUGGCGGAUACCUCCAAGCACGGGGACCUCAUCGCGAAAACUCUCCACGAGAAGGCAGAGUGAGCUGUGAGGGAGGGAGAAAGGAUUUAUAAAGAGGCCUCGUUCAGUCCGCAAAGAGGAUGAAGACUCUUUUGGAUUAUUACGUCAGACGCUGCACAGUUGUUACCGCUACGAUGAUUGCUGACGUUUUACUCAUCGUCACAGCUUUGAGCAUUACACUCCUGGUUUCGUAUUGGACUUCCAUUUUCGCUGCAUUGAUCGCUUCACCGAGCAUCAAACGAUCUGCCGAUAAGACAUCGGCGUUUCCCCUUCAGCAGCUCAGUGGCUCUGUGAGUCACUCGCGAAGAAGUUGGUGAUGGGGGAUGGGGACCUCCGAUUGUCGCCUCCGAAGGCAGGAAAGGUUCCUAUAUGAUCACUGAUUUUGUGAUAUUUUGUGUUGUUGCUCAGAGAAUGCUGCGACACAUGAAAGACUACAGGUUGCUCUCUUGCUCGAGUAAAAACGACAAAGCAGGUGUGUUACAGGAGCUAGAGAAGGGGGUGGGAGCAAAUUUGGUGGACUAUGAUAAGAGGACAGCUCUCCAUUUGGCAUCAUGUGAAGGUUGCACCGAGGUGGUUGUGCUACUUCUUGAGAGAGGAGCUGAUGUGAACCCCAUUGACCGUUGGGGUCGAACUCCAUUAUCAGACGCCCGUAGCUUUGGUCACGAGGACAUUUGUAAGAUACUGGUGGCUCAGGGAGGAAUAGAUCCGGUUGGACUUGAUGCACAAAAUCCAUGCUAUGAGAUCGACUUCAAUGAGGUUGACAUGGAGAAGGCAAUUCUAAUUGGAGAAGGAGCGUUUGGUGAAGUAUAUAGGGUGAAAUGGCGUGGUACAGAAGUUGCAGCAAAAACAAUACGUUCCUCCAUUGCCUCAAAUCCAAGAGUUAGGAGUGACUUCAUGAAGGAAUUGGCUCUUUGGCAGAAGCUGCGUCACCCUAAUAUUGUGCAGUUCCUUGGUGUUCUAAAGCAGUCAGAUCGUUUAAUCUUUCUCACUGAGUAUCUCCGCAACGGAAGCUUGUUUGAUAUACUGAGGAAGAGAGGAAGGCUUGAUCCACAGACUGCAGUUGCAUAUGCUUUGGAUAUUGCAAGGGGUAUGAAUUAUCUCCAUCGACAUAAACCACAUGCUAUAAUACACCGAGAUUUGACACCGAGGAAUGUGUUGCAAGAUGAAUCCGGCCAUUUUAAGGUUACAGACUUUGGCUUGAGCAAGAUUGCACUGGCUAAAGAUGCAGGGAGUUACAAAAUGACUGGUUGCACCGGCUCAUAUCGUUACAUGGCCCCCGAAGUAUAUCGUCGAGAAUCAUAUGGGAAGAGUGUUGAUGUCUUUUCAUUUGCCAUGAUCGUCUACGAGAUGUUUCACGGGGGACCAUCUAAUAGGGCACAAACCCCAGAGCAAGUUGCUGAUAAAAGAGCAUACGAGGAUUACCGUCCACCACUGUCUUCACACAUACAGCCUGAAUCAGUUAGAGCGCUCCUUCGCGAAUGUUGGCAUAAGAAUCCAGAUUGCAGGCCUACGUUUGAAGAAAUAAUCGGACAGCUAGAGAAAAUCCAAGAGAGCAUGCAAUAUGACAAGACAAUGCGGGGUAGCUGUUCUUGCGCUAUCUUAUGAGACGAGUCACAGCCUGCAGCAUACAUAGAAUAUGCAUCUCUUUAUUUCAUGCAAAGAUCUCAAUGAGUGAUAUGUUUAAGAACGAGCGCACCUUGUGCUCGGUGACCCUAUAUGAUACUUCCUCUCUCUGCAACCUUGUAAAAUAUUCCUGUCACAUCUAGGUGUUAUAUAUAUUGGGGGAAGAAUAAUGGAAUACUGCUUGAGCAUGGUUUUGUGGAGUAAAGCUAGACUCA